UGUUUGUGUCUUGUGAUGAGAUACCACGCUACUGGCAGAGCCACCUUGUUGAUGUCACUGGCGUCUACGGUCGCCUUCUCUGCUGAAGGUUUGCUGCUGGCUCACGCCUCCGUCCGGCGUGGUGCUUCGUCCUCCUCGCGCGUGUUCGGUGCUGCUGCACCGUGGUCAUCGUGCCCUGGAGGCACUCACCACAUCAGCAGCGCGGCUGCCUUCACCUAUCCGGCUGCCGACACUGCCGCCGCUGCCACCGCCUCCGUCUCCCACUCGAACAGGAACCAUCGCGUUGUUACCGCGAGACCUACUUCCCGCACCGCCAUGAGCACUGCUGUUGACGCGGCUGCUACGUGCAGCAGCAGCACCCUAGACACGCUGCCGUUCGACAACAGAGUGAUUCGCGAGUUGCCCGUCGACCCCAUCACCGACAACUACGUCAGGAGGGUGGAGAAUGCUUGCUUCUCUGUCGUCGCCCCCGACCCGGUGGUGAACCCAGUGAUGGUGGCAGCGUCGAACUCUGCACUCGGGCUGCUGGGCCUUGCGGCGGAGGAAGGGCAACGGGAGGAUGCAGCGGAGUAUUUCAGCGGAAACAAGCUAAUGCCCGGCGCACAGCCUCACGCCCACGCCUACUGCGGGCACCAGUUCGGGUCCUUUGCGGGUCAGCUGGGCGACGGGGCGGCGAUGUACCUGGGCGAGGUAGAGGGACCCUCUGGGAGGUGGGAGAUUCAGUUCAAGGGCGCCGGGCUUACCCCGUACAGCAGAAGCGCAGACGGUCGAAAGGUCCUCCGAUCGUCCAUCAGGGAGUUCCUGUGUUCGGAGGCGAUGCACUUUCUUGGCAUCCCCACAACGAGGGCUGCGGCCCUGGUGACAAGCGACACCAAGGUUCGGCGGGACGUCUUCUACACGGGCAACGUCAUCCAGGAGCGAGCGUCGAUCGUGACGAGGCUGGCGCCGACGUUCCUGCGGUUCGGAUCGUUCGAGAUCUUCAAGCCCAGGGACCCGCGCACGGGCAGGGACGGCCCCAGCGCCGGCAAUGACGCCCUCCGCCUGCAGAUGCUUGAGUACGCUAUCGGCCGCUUCUUCCCGGGCGCGGCGGCCGCGGGUCCCAAGGGGUCGAAGGCGCGCUACCUCGCCAUGUACGAGGAGGCCGUCCGUAGCACGGCGGAGCUAGUGGCCAAGUGGCAGUGCGUCGGCUUCACCCACGGGGUUCUGAACACGGACAACAUGUCCAUCCUUGGCCUCACCAUCGACUACGGGCCGUACGGCUUCAUGGACUUCUUCGACCCGAAGUUCGUGCCCAACGGGUCGGAUGGCGGGGGGAGAUACUCCUACGAGAGACAACCGGAGAUGUGCAAGUGGAACCUGCACAAGUUCGCGGAAGCGCUUGCGCCGGCGCUGCCGCUGUCGGACUCUACGGCCGCUCUCGAGAAGUACGAUGGCCUCUUCAAGCGCUACUACGAGGAGGGGAUGCGAAGGAAGCUCGGCCUGUUCUCGGUGGAGGAAGACGACGACGGGCUGUUCGAGUCGCUUUUCGCGACCAUGGCCGACACCUCGGCAGAUUUCACGGGAACGUUCCGGGAACUGGCGCAGCUGGCCCCCGGCGGCGACGUGGACACGGUGUCGAAGGCGCUCGCCGCGCAGUGCGCUGGCCCGAAGAUCAAGGCCAAGGCGUUGCGGCGCGCGGUGGACAUCGGCCGCCCGAGCAUCCCUCCCCAGCAGCUGCAGGGGCUGUGGGCCAUGGCGCAGGGGAACCCCGAGGCUCUCGCACAACGCUUCAGCGCUCCCAAGGAUGCAGUUAUCGCUGAGCUCCGAGAGGAGAUGCAGAAGCUCUCCAACUACGAGGCGGCGCAGCAACGACUCAAGGACAUGGAGGCGCUCGAGGAGGACGGUAAAGGGGCGCAGGACGCUGCUGCAUGGGGCGUGUGGGCAAGGCGCUACUCGGAACGGCUAGGCCGAGAGGAGGGUUUCGAUGCAAACCGCAGGCGUGAGGCUAUGGGGGCUGCCAAUCCUGCCUUCAUCCUCCGCAACUGGGUUGCACAGGAGGUCAUCGAGGACGCGGAGAAGGGGGACUUUUCGGGCGUCCAGCGUGUCCUUCGAUUGCUCGAAUCGCCGUACGACCCCCCUGCCGACGACGGAGAGGGAUCCUCCUCCCCCGACGGAAGGGACUACUUGCGCGCCACGCCUGACUGGGCCGCUGAUCUCGUGUGUACCUGCUCGAGCUGAUGGGGGCGGGCAUUGAUCAACCCGGUGUUCUACGCAGGUUUUUCAAGUAUGCAAACGAACUGGAUAUAGUAUAGAAUUAGCGAAGUUGUCGUUGGGGUUAGGGUUCGCGUCUGCGUGCCCCCUUCCUGCUCUUAUUUCGUACUUCGAAACUCUCUUUCCUUGCGUAGGCAGCCCAUCAACUUGCGACCGGGAGCGGGGGGCUCCGUGUAAACGAAGGGACCGAGGGAGAGAGGGAUGGGAGGUUAGGCAGAUCCAGAGCACGGCAGGCUAGAUCGCCGUUUGCUCUCGAUACUGUUAUGUACUCGUUGAUCGGCGGAAGCGGGGUCUAAACGAGGCCCACUCUGGGGCAAGAUAUUUUUUCUCAGCAAAACGUUGUCUCCCUGGGAAUAUUCUUUGAUGGGAGGGGCAUCGUCAUCGCUGCUGCCACUGCUGCUGGAACAGCAGAGCGCCGUUGGUUGUCGAAGCGGCAUCAAACCCGGUCCUCUCUCGGUGCCGAGUGUUGUGAUUUUUGUAGAUACGUAUGUAGCACCGAAAGAGAGGUAAUGCUGCUUUGUAUCGACUGUGGAGUUCGAGCUUCAAUCCAAACGUUGAAGCCUGUCUGGUGUUGUAUCCGAAGGGGGGGG